AAGUCUGGGUGCCGCCUGUUCUUCUGCCUUCAUUUCCCAUCGUGCUGAGGUGGGUGGCAUGGCGGAGAAGGAUGACACCGGAGUUUGACGAAGAGGUGGUUUUUGAGCAAAAAAGUGUUUUGGCCCCUGAAUCACAGGGGCACCACCAAGGCUCUUGGCUCCUUUUCCUCUCACGGAUCCGCUCGGGGCUGCGAGGCAGCUGGAAUUCGCAGAGACCCUGACCACUCGGCGUCCAGAGGAGGCGCUCCUGCUGGCUGUGUCUGGGGUUUCCUGUUUCUUUUGGCAGCAGGAAUAUUCGUGGAUACUUCAGAAUCACAUUGUGUGGCCUGUGCUAAUGGUUUCUCUUCAAAAGACAACUUAGCUAAACCAUUUGUGAUUCUGUCUUGCUUGAACCAAGGAAAAGUUUGAACAGUAGCCUCGUCAGCCCUGCCUUACCUAUGACCACUGACCGUUCCUCUAAAGCCACCGUCAACCAUAAUGCUGCUCACUGAUGAAAACCAGAAUUCUCCACUUUAUCAGUACUUACAAGAUUUGGGACACACAGACUUUGAAAUAUGUUCUUCUUUGUCUCCAAAAACAGAAAAAUGCAUGACAGAGGGACAACAAACACCUCCUCCAAGAGUCCUAUCAAAGCAGGGCAUCUUGUUAAAAGUGGCUGAAACCAUCAAAAGUUGGAUUUCUUUUUCUCAGUGUGUUAAGAAUAAUGACUUGCUUCGUAAAUUGGAUACUGGAUUUCGACUCGACUCACUGCAUACUAUCCUGCAACAGGAAGUUCUGUUACAAGAGGAUGUGGAGCUAAUCGAGCUACUUGAUCCCAGUAUCCUGUCUGCAGAGCAAGCUCACCGGCAGGAACAUGGACAUCUUCCAACGCUCUGCUCCCUGGCAACCCCUAAUAUUUGGGAUGUUUCAAUACUAUUUGCCUUCAUUAGUUUGCUUGUUAUGCUUCCCACCUGGUGGAUUGUGUCUUCCUGGCUGGUGUGGGGAGUGAGCCUGUCUGUGUAUCUGGUCACUCGAGCUGUAAGAUUAUGGAGGACAGCCAGACUACAAGUGACCCUAAAAAAAUAUGGCGUCCGUUUGGAAGACAUGGCAGCAAACAGCCGCGCUUUUACUAACCUUGUGAGAAAAGCCUUACGUCUCAUCCAAGAAACUGAGGUCAUUUCCAGAGGCUUUACACUUUUGCUUGACAGGGUCAGUGCUGCUUGCUCAUUUACUAAAGCCGGCCAGCAUUCCAGUCAGCAGCUCGUUGGCCUGCGAAAAGCUGUCUACAGGACUGUGAGUGCCAACUUCCACGCAGCGAGGCUGGCCACCCUGCACAUGCUGAAAAACUACCCCCUGAGCUCCGAGAGUGACAAUGUCACCAACUACAUCUGUGUCGUGCCUUUUAAGGAGCUGGGCCUGGGGCUCAGUGAAGAGCAGAUCUCGGAAGAGGAAGCGCAUCGCCUCACCGAUGGCUUCGGCCUGCCUGCCCUGAAGGUUCUGUUUCAGCUCUGGGUGGCACAGAGCUCGGAGUUCUUCCGACGCUUGGCUUUGUUACUUUCCACGGCCAACUCGCCCCCAGGGCCGGAGCUGAGCCCUGGGCUCCUGCCGCACAGCAUUCUGGCGGAGGUGACCCGGGGCCUGCCCCAUGCCCACGCCGCCUGCCUGGAGGAGCUGAGGCGCAGCUACGAGUUCUACCGCUACUUCGAGACCCAGCAUCGCUCGGCGCCCCCGCGGGUCUCGCGAGCCCCACAGAAGUCGCAGGAACUGAGCAGUGUGCACACGGCCGUGCGCAGCCUGCAACUCCACCUGAAGGCGCUGCUCAAUGAGGUAAUAAUUCUUGAAGAUGAACUUGAGAAGCUUGUUUGUACUAAAGAAACUCAAGAACUAGUGUCAGAGGUUUAUCAAAUCCUAGAACAGAAAUUAAAGUUGAUCGAGCCCCAUGUUCAAGCGAGCAAUAAUUGUUGGGAAGAGGCCAUUUCUCAGAUGGACAAACUGCUCCGAAGGAAUACAGACAAAGGCAAGCCUGAAGUGGCCUGUGAGAACCCACACUGUGCCGCAGGACCUCUGCCUCAGCCUGCUCUGCACAUCGUGAACAGAGACCCCAUCCCCGAGGAGCAGGAGUUAGAAGCUUACGUGGACGAUAUAGACAUGGACAGUGAUUUCCGGAAGGACGAUUUCUUUUACUUGUCUCAAGAAGACAAGGAGAGGCAGAAGCGGGAGCAGGAGGAGUCCAGGCGGGUCCUGCAGGAGCUGAAGUCCGUGCUGGGGUUCCGAGCGUCCGAUGCCGAGCGGCAGAAGUGGAAGCAGCUGCUGUUCAGUGAGCAUGCUGUGUUGAAACCCUUGUCUCCUGUAGACACAGUGGAGCCCCUAAGUAAUUCAGAGCCGCCAGUGAAUUCAGAUUGCGGCGCGGUCAGCCAGCCAGCUGCCGAAGCGGGACCUAGCGAGCCCUCCGCAGCCCACAGCGCAGUCAGUAGGACUGAGUCCUCCCGUGGGGUCCCGAGUCCGGCCGGACCCGCGGGCGAGACGCUGCGCCAGGGCGCGGGAGAAAGCGCGUGCUUCCAGUGCGACAGAGACAGCGACAGCGAGUCCGAGCCGCCUCCGGCUGCGCAGCCCAGGCCAGCGCAGCGACUGGCCCGGCUGCAGCUGUCCCCCGAGUUCAGCUUCACCGCCGGCCUUGCCGCAGAGGCGGCUGCCCGCUCUCUGUCCUUCGCCACCAUGCAAGAGCAGACUUUCGGCGAUGAGGACGAGGAACAGGGCGUGGAAGAAGACCAAGACGAGCGGGACGAAGGAGAGCAAGAACCCGGAUGAGCGUGAAGCCGGCUCGCUGGUCCUUUCCAAGUGUUCUGGCCCCGAGACUGGAGAGGGGAGAUGCGUGUGAGUUUACCAUAGACAAAGCUAAGGUGUCAGGUCGCAGGAAGAAGCCUGGGUUGAACAGCUGCUCUCAGAUUAGUAGUUACCUGUAAAUGGCAAAUCUUGUAGGAGAAUAAGAAAAAGGUAAGGGCUCCUUCGCUUCAACUGGUAUUUUAUUUGUGGCACAACCAAUAAUCUUGGUAACCCUUUCAGUCCUCUUAAUAAGAAAUGAAUUUGCUCUUUCUUGCCAGAAUUUGCUGUCCUGAGGUGACCAGGAUAAUCCUCUCAAAAGAACAUGACCGUUUAGUAUGACUCCUUUUUACUGUACCCUUGCAGUUAAAAACUGCAGUUAUUAUGUUCUCAAGUUGUUUGUAUUUUAUUUUUUGUUUAUACCGGUCUUCAAACAAGACACAGGCUCUGAAUAAAACAAAAAAUAAUUCAUACAA